GAGGCCGUUGUUUCGGCGAGGAAGCUCGCCGCUGGAAUCUGGAGAUUGCAACUGCAGGAGGCAGUCGCUAGUGAAGGGAGGAAUGGCCUGCGUAGGAGGGAGGACCUCCUAGGGUUUCAGCCUCACACUGGUCAGUUUGACGCUCCGGUUCUCCCUCGUGAUGAUAAGAUAGCAUUUGAUUCUGAAGCAAAUGAUCUAUUGCAUGGUCCGCAUUUUGUCUCUGAUUCAAGAAAUGGACUAUUGUGCAAGUUUGAGCCCUCGUUUCGAUAUUCAAACUCAGCAAUGGAGGGGGCAACAAAGUGGGAACCUGCGUUCGUGAAAACACCAGUCGAGGCACGUCAGAUUUACAACCAAGUGAGGCUCCUUGACCAACAAGUUGGUGCUGUUUCGGCCAUGUCUGCACUUGAAUCAGAAUUAGAGCAGGCCCACUUUCGGAUUGAGGAACUUCAAGCUGAGCGUAAUGCCUCAAAAAAGAAGCUUGAAUACUUCUGGAGGAAAGUUGGUGAAGAAAAAGCUUUGUGGCGGAGCAGAGAGCAUGAGAAAGUAAGGGCAUUUAUUGAUGAUAUAACGGCCGAGUUGAACAGAGAAAAGAAAACCCGACAACGGGUGGAAAUUAUCAAUUCAAAACUGGUUAAUGAGUUGGCUGAUGCUAAGCUAUCUGCAAAGCGGUUUAUGCAAGACUAUGAAAAAGAAAGGAAAGAAAGAUCCUUGGUUGAGGAAGUAUGUGAUGAACUAGCAAAGGAAAUUGGUGAAGACAAGGCAAAAAUAGAUGCUUUGAAGAGAGAAUCCAUGAAGUUGAGAGAGGAAGUGGAAGAAGAACGGAGAAUGUUACAGAUGGCUGAGGUCUGGCGUGAGGAACGUGUUCAAAUGAAGCUAGUCGAUGCCAAGGUGGCACUUGAAGAAAAAUACUCACAGAUGCGUAAUCUAGUAGCCGAUCUUGAAGACUUCUUGAGGUCGAGGAGUGCAACUCCAGAUGUGUCAGAGAUGAAAAAAGCACUGCUACUUAGAGAGGCUGCUGCUUCUGUGAAUAUUCAAGAUGUCACGGAAUUUGUUUAUGAACCUUCAAACCCGGAUGAUAUCUUCUCUGUGUUUGAAGAUGUUAAUUUUGGAGAAUCAAAUGAGAGGGAAAUUUCACAGUGUGUUGGUUACAGCCCUGCUAGCCAUGCUUCCAAAGUCCAAACCACGAGUCUCGAAGCUACAGUGACUAAUAGGAUUGCCAUCCAGAGGCAUUCCAAUUCAUAUAUUGCUCAUAACGGUGAUAUAGAAGAAGAUGAGAGUGGGUGGGAAACUGUGAGUCAUCUAGAGGAUCAGGGCUCAAGCAAUUCCCCAGAAGAGAGUAUUGCAUGUGUCAAGAAGAAUCAUCGAGAGAGUAAUGCUUCGGUGAGCGGGACAGAAUGGGAAGGAAAUGGAGGUGGAGACUCGCCAAUCAGCGAAGUCUGCUCAGUUCCAUCAAAGCAGUUAAAGAAGAUAUCAUCCAUUGCACGGCUUUGGAAAUCAUGCUCGAACAACGAAGGGUACAAACUAAUCUCGCUCGAGGGCAUAAAUGGGAGGCUCUCAAAUGGAAGAUUAUCAAGUGCAAGUAUCUUAUCUGCAGACGGGGGUUCAGUGAGAAGCGGAAUAAGUCCUCCAGAAUUAGCAGGACAAUGGAGCUCUCCCGACUCAGGCAAUGCUCAUACAACGCGAGGGAAGAAAGGAUGCAUCCCCCGCAACACGCUCAAGGGCAGUUUAAAGGCAAAGCUGUUAGAAGCAAGGAUGGAAAGCCAUAAGGUCCAAUUGCGCCAGGUCCUGAAGCAGAAGAUCUAGGGGUGUUAUUAAUUCAAUUUCUGUUAAUAGAAGAUGCUCAUAUUCUACAAAGGGAGCUUUGAACUGGCUUCUGGCGAUUCCUAGGUACGCUCGUAUGAUUCAAUUUUCUGUUCAGUUAACUUCACUGGAAUCCAUUAGUGAUUAAAGUAAUGUAGUCUUAGUAUCUGUUAGAAAUUAGAAGCCAGCCAUGGAGGGGGCCUUCAUGAGGUGGGGAAAGAAAUGGAAUUCAUGUGGAUGAUUGAUGUCAUGUUCAUUCUCAUCUUUGUAUUUAUAAUUUUGCUGUGUAGAAUGGGCCUUCUGAAAAUUUCAGGUUUAAGAUGGUGGAAAUAGAAAUAGAAUGAUUUGUAGUUGA